UGCCAAUAAAGAAAAAACACACUGAAAAUGGUGUGUCCUAAAUUAGGAGUCCUAAUGCUUAAUCUCUCUCCCCAUGUUUGCUAAAUAGGGGAAAAUCCACAAUUUGGGCUCCAAAUUUGACCGUUGGAGCGAGGGAUUCAAAUCGCCCACUGCGACUCAGAGUCCAAGAGAGAGAGAGAGAGUAAAUUCAAGUCACCCACACCCGCAGAGACUCAUCAGAUUCCCAGAGACAGAGAGAGUUCACAAUGCCAACUCUGGGAAUGAAGACUGUUGCCCUAGAAUCCUCAGCAAACCCUAACCCUCGAAGCAACAAUGAGCACCCCCAAACCCCCAAGUCUCUGUACGAGCAGUCCAGAGAAGAUCGAAUCAGAGAAAACCGCGAAAGAAUGCAAAAGCUCGGCAUCGUUGAUAUCUCUCUUCAGCUCAAAUCUAACUUUCAGUCGAUUAGAUCAACGAAGAGCUAUUCCGGCCGAAGUACGACGCCUGUCAGGACCCACUUCCAUUCGGUCACGAGGACCCACUCGUCGUUCGUCUAGAUUGAAGAAUGCGACACCAGUGAGCUACGCAGAGGUGCAUGUGUUGAAGAAGGAUGAGGCUUCGUACAUGAAAGGUAUUACGCUGGAGGAGGGUGAUAGGCCGGAGAUUUACACACAGGAGCAUGAGACGCUGUUGGGCAACACUGAUAAGACCUGGACUCUGUUUGUGGAUGGUUAUGGAAAAGAUGGAAAGCGGAUUUAUGACCCGGUUAGAGGAAAGACUUGCCAUCAAUGCAGGCAGAAAACUCUGGGCCAUCAUACUCAAUGCAACCAAUGCAACAGGCUCCAAGGGCAGUUUUGUGGCGAUUGUCUGUACAUGCGAUAUGGGGAGCAUGUAAUUGAAGCCAAUCAGAAUCCAGAUUGGAUUUGCCCUGUCUGCCGCGGAAUUUGCAACUGUAGUUUCUGUCGGACAAAAAAAGGAUGGCCUCCUACUGGCAUCCUCUACAAGAAGGUAUCACAACUAGGUUUCAAAUCAGUUGCACACUAUCUCAUUCACACCCAACAAGGACAGACAAAUUCAGGAGAAAAUCUGGAAACCACGAAUCAAGUUUCUGCAAAGAGGUCGUUGCAAUUCCCAGAUGUAGAUGCAUCAUGUGAAGAAAUUGUCAAGGAUGACAAUGAUAUUGGAGCGAUAAAACUUCUAACUUGGCAAGAAAGAGAUGACGAGUUUAAGAGUGAGAAGGAGAAUGAUAUCAAGAAUAGCACAAAUCUAGAUAUUAACAACCAAACUUCUGCAGAGAGGGGAUUGUCCUUUUCAGAUGUGGUACAACAGCCUGAAAGUUUUGGAUCACCUGAGGUUGACCACAAGGUUGGUGACCACCUUGGAUUGUCAAAGCUUCAAUCUGAGACUGAGAGCAGCAGAGAUGAUCGUCAAGGUGGGAAAGAGAAUACAAUGCCUUUGAUGGAUAUGAAACUUGGUAGUAGCAAUAAUGCAUUGGAAACUAGCUCAAAGUCUGAAAUGAAGCCUGCUCUGGAUAUUGAACCAAGCACUGAUAGUAUAGGUGGAAGACUAAGGCAGAGACGCAGGAAAGGAAACGAGCUUAAGGAUGAUGACUUACAAGAGGAAAAAAUGGAAAUUCCAGAUAGCAGUCCUGCAUUGGGCACAGGUUCAAAGCUCAACAAGAAGCGUGUUCUUGCUGAACCAAGUCCAGACAGCAUUGGUGGAAGAUUGAGGCAGAGGCGCAAGGGCAAUGCCUAAGGCAGCAUCCAUGAUGUUGAAAACUAGCAAAUAGGACAUUUUGUUGAUGCAAACACUCUUGGUGUCAGUCUAGGUAGCUGAGAGAGUAUUGCAGCGAGAUUCUAAUCCGUAUGAUUUCUUUCAGCAAGGAUUGAGUCGGGUCUUUUGGUUAGUGUGACAGAAUUGCGUAUGUUGCAAGAAACCAUGUUUUUCUGGAUGUUAUUGACAGUGGUUUCCAACCUUUUGAAUUCAGUCAAGGUCCUAUUUUGUUAUGAACCAGUAAAUUGUAGGUCAUUACAUUUCAGACGAGUUAAUUUAAUGACCUCCAUUCACCACA